AUGGCACAUCCCUUACAGCUAGGUUUUCAAGAUGCAGCUUCACCUGUCAUAGAAGAACUUUUACACUUUCACGACCACGCCCUCAUAGUUGUGUUCCUAAUCAGCACAUUAGUCCUAUAUAUAAUUAUAGCUAUGGUCUCAACCAAACUAACCAAUAAAUUUCUCUUAGACUCUCAGGAGAUUGAGAUCAUCUGGACAGUCCUUCCAGCAGUGAUCUUGAUCCUCAUCGCCCUGCCCUCACUUCGUAUUCUAUACCUUAUAGACGAAAUUAACGACCCCCAUCUAACAAUUAAGGCCGUAGGCCACCAAUGAUACUGAAGCUACGAAUACACAGAUUAUGAAGAUCUCGGGUUUGACUCAUAUAUAGUGCCCACACAAGACCUGGCCCCUGGACAAUUCCGCCUAUUAGAAGCCGACCAUCGAAUAGUAGUUCCAGUAGAGUCCCCCUUGCGAGUACUAGUUACUGCUGAGGAUGUUCUACACUCAUGAGCAAUUCCAGCGCUAGGUGUAAAAAUAGAUGCAGUCCCAGGUCGACUAAAUCAAACAGCUUUUAUUUCAUCCCGUCCAGGGGUCUUCUAUGGGCAGUGUUCCGAAAUUUGCGGCGCUAACCACAGCUUCAUGCCCAUUGUUAUUGAGGCAGUCCCACUAAAACACUUUGAAACCUGAUCAUCACUAAUACUUGAGGAUGCCU